AUGACGAGGACAAGCGACGCACGCGGGGCUAUCCGGGCCGUGACGUUUGAUAUGGACGGCACAUUGUGUUUGCCGCAGCCGUGGAUGUUCCCCGCGAUGCGUGAUGCAAUUGGUUGCACGGACACGAAGAUCGACAUCCUGACCUUCAUAGACGCGUUGCCCACCGUCCAGGAGAAGCGCAAGGCCGAGAAGGCGAUCCACGACGUCGAGGUCAAAGCCAUGCACGAGAUGGUCCCGCAGUCUGGGCUCACUGAGCUGCUGCAAUAUUUGACGGAGAACGGUGUAUACAAGAGCAUAUGCACAAGAAAUAUACAGACCCCAGUGGACUCCUUCAUACGGAGGUUUGUUCCUGCUGAGUUGUCCCAAUUCGAUCUGAUAGUCACGAGAGAUUUAGACCCACAAAGACCGAACCCAGACCCGCUACACCACAUAGCGAGCCAACUGGGCGUCGAUACAGCGGAGAUGAUGAUGGUGGGCGACUCCUUCGACGACAUGCGCAGCGGGAGGUCCGCCGGGUGCGUCACCGUCCUGCUGAAGAACAAAAUCAACGAGCACCUGCUCACAGAACACGCAGAUUUGGUAGACGUCACCGUCGACACCCUCGCGGAAAUCGUCCCACUGCUGCAACACAGCGCUGCAGAGUCGCCAGCCCCCGUGUAA